AUGUCCAAGGAGACGCGAGGCAAAGGCACUCGGAAGCACAGCAGCCCGCACUGGUGUCUGCAGAACAUUGCACAGGAGUCAGUGGACAGCUCUGAUGAUGAGUUUUUUGAUGCUAGAGCAGAUGUUUUGGAGGGGAAAAGCGCCAUCUUGUUGGGCAUGAGCCAGUGGAACUCCAACGACCUGGUGGAGCAGAUCGAGACGCUGGGACACAUGGAGCACCAGCCUCAUGAUAAUUUGUACCACUGUGCCCCUCAGAGCAGCAUCGAAGGCCAAGAUGACAUGGAGAACAAAUGCAAGACACAUGUACUACUGCUGGUGGUCCAUGGGGGGAACAUCCUGGACACUGCGGGCGGAGACCCCAACACAAAGGCCGGUGAUGUGGCCACCUUGUCCUCUGUGCUGGAGAAAGUGACCCGAGCGCAUUUCCAGGCCGCAGCUGAACAUGUGAUGAUCAAACUGGUGCCAUGUCCCGCGGUGUGUGCAGACGCCUUCUCCCUGGUCUCCAAUUUGAACCCGUACAGUUACGAUGAGAGCUGUGUGUCGAGCAGCGUGGAUCACCUCCCCCUGGCCGCUCUCCCCCUCCUCGCCAUUGUGUCACCUCAAUAUCAGGAUGCCGUAGCAACCGUGAUCGCCCGAGCCAACCAGGUGUACCGUAGCUUCCUUCAGUCUGAGGACGGACAGGGCUUCACGGGGCAGGUCUGUCUGAUGGGAGACUGUGUGGGUGGUGUGCUGUGCUUUGACGCCUUGUGCUUCAGUAACCAUCACCAAACUGGCAGCCCAAACGGCAGUAGAAAUAACAGCUCAGAGAGCCUGAAGGACAACUCGGGGCUUCAGAGAGAGUCUAGUCUUGGGUUGAGCUCUAGUAAGAGACUGAGUAAAAGCAAUAUUGACAUUUCGGCCCCAAACAACGGACAACAAGGCGAGCCGUCUCUGAGCCGCAAGCAGAGCGACUCGUACGAUGGGGAUUCGUCGUCUGCAGGACAGCGGGGAUUCUUCUCCAGUUUGAUGAAGGAGGGAGCGGAGGUGCGUGCUGGCAGCAACACCAGUUUGGUGUUGAAUCCAGGCCAUUUUGACUUUGAAGUGUCCUACUGUUUCCUGUUGGGAUGUCCACUGGGCCUGGUGCUGGCCAUGAGGAGAACGGUGCUGCCCAAUGUCCAAGUGAGCCAGCUCCGCCCAGCCUGUUCUCAGAUCUUCAACCUGUUUUACCCCUCGGACCCGUCGGCCUCGCGCCUGGAGCCCCUGCUGGAGUCUGUCUUUCACAGGUUGCCUCCAUUUGCUGUGCCCCGCUACCAGCGCUACCCUCUUGGAGACGGACGAACAAUGCUUUUAGAUGAAAGUAUCCAAGGCCAUUCAAAUGUGUUCUUAAAAAGCGAGCAAAGCCUGUCCACUCCGUCGUCACAAGAUAAGACAGAAAAUGAUGAGGCAGGCCGCAGAUCCAGUGUGACCAGUGUGGAAAGUGAAUCGUCUGUUUGUUCCAUGAGCCAACUUGGAAACCUAAUUGCCAACAUUUCUAGUCUGUGGUGGGGCUCCAAGCGCCUGGACUAUGCUUUGUACUGCCCUGAUGUGCUCACCGCCUUCCCCACUGUGGCUCUGCCUCAUCUUUUUCAUGCAUCCUACUGGGAGUCCACAGAUGUAGCUGCUUUUGUUCUCCGCCAGCUCAUGCGUUGCGACUGCGUGAAGACCCAGGAAGCAAACCUUUUGGACUCGGCUCCAUUCUCACCCUCCAGCCCAAGGGAGAAAUGGCUCAGGAGAAGAACACAUGUUAAAUUGAGGAACGUCACUGCCAACCAUAGGGUCAAUGAUGUCAUAGCCACUGAGGAUGGCCCGCAGACGCUGGUGGGGCGCUUCAUGUACGGCCCAUUGGACAUGGUCACGCUAACGGGGGAAAAGGUGGACAUCUUCCUCAUGACACAGCCACAGUCGAGCCGCUGGGUGCACUUUGACACAGAGGUGACUAAUAGCAGCGGCAGAGUCACAUACACCAUCCCCAAGAGCAAGAGGCUGAGUCUGGGAGUCUAUCCAAUUAAAAUGGUGGUCAAGGGUGAUCAAACCAGUGCAGAGGCAUACCUGACAGUGUUGCCGAGGGGUAUGGAGUGUGUUGUCUUCAGUAUUGACGGGUCAUUUGCAGCCAGUGUGUCAAUCAUGGGCAGUGACCCGAAGGUCCGCCCCGGAGCUGUGGAUGUUGUCAGGCACUGGCAGGAUCUGGGCUAUCUUAUCAUCUACAUCACAGGCCGCCCUGAUAUGCAGAAGCAGCGUGUGGUUUCGUGGCUUUCUCAGCACAAUUUUCCUCACGGGAUGAUCUUCUUCUCUGAAGGCCUUGUCCACGACCCCCUACGGCAAAAGACCAUCUUCCUCAGAAACCUCAUACAGGAGUGUCAUAUUAAGAUAAACUCCGCUUAUGGAUCCAUGAAAGACAUAUCCGUUUACAACAUGCUAGGCCUAAAUCCCUCACAAAUUUACAUUGUUGGGCGGCCAUCAAAGAAAUACCAAACCACUUGCCAGUUCUUGAGUGAAGGUUAUGCGGCGCAUCUGUCGACUCUUCAGUUCGGGCACAGAGCCAGGCCUAAGAAAUCUCCUUCAGUUCGCAUGGUUCUGAGGAAAGGCUCUUUUGGACUCACAGCCAAACCAGAUUUUCUGUGUAAGCGGACCCAUCUGCGGAGGACCAUGUCAGUGCAGCAGCCAGACCCUCCUUGUGCAGCCAACCCCAAACCGGAGAGGGCCCAGAGCCAGCCCGAGUCGGAUAAGGACCACGGAGGAGCAGGGGGGCAAGGGACCUGGGGAAGGGCCUCUAUGCACCGGGGAGACACCACCCCAUAG